AUGCGCUCCAAGUUCAAGGACGAGCACCCGUUCGAGAAGCGCAAGGCCGAGGCUGAGCGCAUUCGCCAGAAGUAUAACGACCGCAUUCCCGUCAUUUGCGAGAAGGUCGAGAAGUCCGAUAUCGCUACCAUCGACAAGAAGAAGUACUUGGUCCCCGCAGACCUCACCGUCGGCCAGUUCGUCUAUGUUAUCCGCAAGCGCAUUAAGCUGUCGCCUGAGAAGGCCAUCUUCAUCUUCGUCGACGAGGUCCUGCCACCCACAGCCGCUCUUAUGAGCUCGAUAUACGAGGAGCACAAGGACGAGGACGGCUUCCUCUACAUCACCUACUCGGGCGAGAACACGUUCGGUGAGGCGAUCUAA